UUCUCUGGAAUAAUGUCGCCUAGAUUUGACAAGUCUUGGUAUAACGUUAGUGGUUUUUGAUCUAGCUAGCUAGAUACCCAUACACAUAAUCGGACCGGACACUGCGAAUCGGAAGCUAACUUCAACGUCGUUCAGUCGGAGUUCAUGCAGGUAUAAUACAUCCCUGAGUGCACCAUUUCUACACUUAAAAGUGGAGUUAGCACAUGCUAAUUGUCGUCCGUCAGUUACUAGCUAAUUGCCUGGCUAGCUACUGUACAGAGGUCACCCGAGUUUGAUCACAAUGGGGGUGAAAGACCGCCCUCAGUGUUACUUCGAUGUGGAGCUCAACCGGGAGCCAGUUGGGCGCAUAGUCUUUCAACUGUUUUCGGAUGUUUGUCCCAAGACAAGCAAAAACUUUCUCUGUUUGUGCACCGGUGAAAAGGGAACUGGCAAAAUCACAGGGAAAAACCUGUGCUACAAAGGCUCCACAUUUCACAGAGUUGUAAAGAACUUUAUGGUCCAGGGAGGCGACUUCACCGAAGGAAAUGGAAGAGGAGGAGAGUCCAUUUACGGUGGCUACUUUGAAGAUGAGAACUUCACUCUCAAACACGACAGAGCCUUCCUGUUGUCGAUGGCCAAUCGUGGGAAGGACACCAACGGUUCACAGUUUUUCAUCACAACCAGAACAGCACCUCAUCUCGAUGGAGUCCAUGUCGUCUUUGGUCUGGUGAUCUCCGGCUUUGAAGUGAUAAAGAAGGUCGAGGGGCUGAAGACUGAUUCAGCCAGCAGACCCUACGCUGAUGUGAGAGUGAUAGACUGCGGACAACUUAUCACCAAGUCCGCUAUUGAUGUUCUUGAAGGCAAGAGGAAAAGAACCUCCGAUUCUUCUGACUCGUCCCUCGAUUCCCGUGAUUCGUCCUCUCAGUUCUCCUCUUCAGUGGGAUCUGAAAAUGAAUCGGAUGAAAAGCAAAAACAUCACAAGCACAAGGGACAUGCAAAGAGUGAACAGUCUAAAAAGAAAAGGAAGGAAUCAAAGAAGGAGAAAAACAUUGAUGUUCUGCCCUCCAAGCAAAGCUCUCACAGUCCUGUGGAAAGAGAGAUGCUGCAGGGAGACGAUGAAGUGGAGGAAGAGAAGGAGCAGAGUGGGAGGAGAGAGAAGCCUGUAGUCCGACCAGAGGAAAUCCCUCCGGUGCCAGAGAACCGCUUCUUGCUGCGAAGGGACAUGCCAUCUCAGGAAGAUAAAACAGAGAUAGUUGAGAAAGAAGAAACGUCUCUUGCAGCUGACCAGAAACCAGCAGUCUCUAAGUCUGGACGGAAGAUCAAAGGCAGAGGAACAAUGAGAUAUCACACCCCCACAAGGUCUAAAUCGCGCUCUGCAUCUGUGGAAGAACGUGGUAGCAGUGAAACUCCGCCACACUGGAAAGAAGAGAUGAAGAGAACCAAAGUUUAUCAACCACCGAGCAUCGAGAGGUGGAGCAAAGGAGACAAAUUGAAUGACCAUUCCUCAAGCAGAUGGGAGGACAGAAGUGACUCUGCAUGGUCCCAGUCUGCAGAACACUCCUCAGACCACAGCUCUGAGAGGUCCAGCCUGCACCGCCAACACAAGAAAGAGAAGAAGAAAGCCAAACACAAGAAGAAGGCCAAAAAACGGAAGCAUGGCAAGAAGAAGAGCUCUAAGAACAAGCCACAAGAGCCUCGUCUGUCAGUGGGUGAAAGGUCAGUGUCUUCAGAAAGAAAGUCGAGAAGAUCCCGCUCUCCAUCCCGCUCCUCUUCCAAUCAGCAUCAUUCGUCAACUCACAGGAGACGGCGGUCCACGCUGUCUUUCAGAGACUCGCGGUCCUACUCUAGGUCUUACACAUCCAGUCAGUCCAGAUCUAGAGGGAGGUCCAGGUCUUAUUCAAGAUCCAGCAGCCUUUCUAGGUCUAGAAGUCGGUCUUUGUCUAGAUCCAGAUCUCAGUCCUAUUCUCGAUCCCGGUCUAGAUCCAGGUACAGAUCUAGGUCUUUGUCUCCACCCAGAAAGAAGAGUCCAUCCAGAUCUCAAAGAAAGAGGAAAGCCAGCAAGCCCAAAGCGGACACCAUGAUGCCCGAGAAGCUUCCAGAGAGCAAAGUCAAACCUGUCCCUAGACUCUCGAGUGUCCUGACUCCUGAAAGUGUCUCUGUGAUCCCAAUGAGCGACAGUCCCCCACCCUCACGCUGGAAACCCGGUCAAAAGCCCUGGAAGCCCUCUUACAUCCACAUUCAGGAGAUUAAAGCUAAAGUAGCUCCUAGCGCCUCCACUGGACAAAUGGUAGCUAGUGUUACAGAAAAAGCUCAGAGUUCCGUUAAACCAAAGUGUCUGCCAGGUGACUCAAACGAACCUGCAGGGCGCUCACACAGCAGGUCCUCCAGAAGCAAGUCCUGCAGCCGCUCAUACAGCCGCUCAAAGAGCAAAAGUUACAGUAGAUCCAGGUCCAGAUCCCCUCAUCAGUAUAACAGCAGGUCAUCCUCCAUCAGCAAACCAGACUCUGAAAACGCCCAGAAAACAUGUAGCAACAAGAGGAGUUCACUAGACAAGGAAUGGAAAGAGUAUUACAGCUCUCUGAGGAGGAUAAAAAAUUUAGACAAGUACAUUUCACUCGCCAGUAGUCAAGAUGCUCAGUCAGGAUCAGAGAAAGAGCAUAGUCCUGAUAUCAUUAUCUCGGUGAGAAGUGGCUCCUUGGAGAAAGGCGGCUCACAGGAUCAAGAGACAAAGCAUUACAGCUCAAUGCUGCUGGAGAGCUUUAAUAUCAAGUCUGAAUGGGAUAGUGACAGUGAUAAAGUGGGCCAAAGCAACAGUGCAAAGCAGAAACAAGCAGUUCAGUCCAGUGAAUCUCUUGACAAGAAGGUGUCUUCUCCUACUGGAUGGAAUUCAGAAAGUGAUUCUGAGAAUAUAACCGCCAGGACAUUGGCCAUAUCUGAAAAAGAGGAAGGGGAGGCUAGUUCAGAAUCAGAAUAUGAGACUAUCAGAAAGACGUCCGAGGCAGUGACUGUGCUGGCACACAAGAUUGCUGCAGCUGCUUCUGGUGAGCCAGAGGAAAGUGGGGAAAAGGCCGCAGAGCCAGAGAAGCACAAGAGCAAGAAGAAGGCCAAACGUAAGCAUAAACACAAGAGAAGAAGUGAGAACAAAAGCAGUUCCCAUCACAGUAAGGACAAAGGAAAGAGAUCGAAGAGACAACAUCAGAAGCUCAAAGAGACAUUUCACUGGCAGCCUCCUUUAGAGUUCGGGGAGGAGGAAGAAGAGGAUGAAUCAAAACGAGAGAAACCUAGUCCUGGUAGAGUUGUCAAAGAAAGGCCUGGUGUAGGCAUUGUGAGUAAAAAAUUAACUAGCGAAAAAGAACGGCCGCAACAGAGAGCAAAAGAAUGCAUCAACAAAAACCUAAAACACACUGAACCUCAUCUUCAGUCAUCCAACAGGAACGGUGCUAAUUUACCCAAAGAGCAAGAGUCCUUAGAUGAUAUGGACAUUUGUACCCCAGAACAUGAUGCUGAAAUUGUAGAACCUCUACGCACACUGGAUGCUUAUUAUAACUCCGCUGAAUUAACCCUAAAAUCUACCUCCAAAUCUUCAGAUAUGGCAAGUGGAGAUCGUGCUUUACCUCCUAGCAAAGAACAGCCGUCUGUAACCUCCACAACAACAGCUGGUGGACUGCAAGAAGAAGCAACCACUGGCAAACCUGUUGGCACUGUAAUUAAUUUUAAAUGGAGGCCUUUAAAGGGCAUGUCAGCUCUACAGAACGUGAAUGUGCCGCCUGUCACCACAAAAAACGUCCAACUUCAAGAGAGCCAGACCUCCAACCAGCAGGGAGUGAGAAUGGAGAUAAAAAGCAAAAGCCGGGUCCGACCGGGAUCUCUGUUCGAUGAGGUUCGUAAGACCGCGCGGCUCAACCAGAGGCCGAGGAACCAGGAGAGCUCCAGCGAGGAGAGGUCCCCCUCUGGGGGAAAUCCACGAGGAACGUCACGCACACGGUCCCAGAAGAAGUCACGCUCCGUUUCCAGUCACCGGUCCCGCUCCAGAGGCUGGUCACGUUCCUACAGCCGGUCCAGGAGUAGAUCCCGCAGCUCCAGCUCCUUUUCCAGGAGCAGUAGCAGGAGUCGGAGGAGACGUGGAAGAGGACGGUCGCGCUCUCGUAGCAGCACAUAUCGAAGUUACAGGAGUCGCAGUCGGACGUACAGUAGAAGUCAUUCCAGAAGUCGCUCACAUCGUCGCCAUCGGAGAUCCAGGUCCGACUCCUCCGACAGUUAUUCCAGUCGGAGUCGGAGUGCGAGCAGGAGACGAGGGCGCAGACGAAGUGACAGCUACAGGAGCUCGGACCGCCGAUCCCGGUCGUACCUCUCAUCCAGCCGCAGUUCUUCCAGGCGCAGAAGUCACAGUCGCAGCAGUCGGUACAGUUGAGCCUCAGACAGGUUGUUGGGUUCAAGUCUGCUCAGAGGAAACAAAGCCACAAAGUCUGGACACUGUGCACACACAAUAGCAAUUACUGUUGCUCCAAGCUCCAAGAGGAAAAGUUAUAUUCCAUCUUGUUACUAGUUUAAUACUGUUCUGUAUGACUGUCUUUGAGGAAAUGAAUGUUACAGAAUGUAAAUAAAUAAACCACUUUACAAGCUUAUAUAAGAGAGUUCUUCUUUUAGGGACUGCCACAGCCUAGAGGUAUAAAAAACAAUUUCUGUGAUAAAUAAUAUGAGAUGUAAGCUUCAUAUAUUUUAUAUUGUGUAUAUUUGUGUAUUCUUUUUUACUUCUGUUUUUACUACACUGAAAUGUACAAUUGUUGUUUUGUAAGUAUAUAAUCCGCUCAGUUCUGAUGUGUUUGAGGAGAUAGUGGGUAUAGGUUGUGGUUAUGGCUUAAAUACAGUUUUUUUUCUCUCUCUCUAAAAAAGUCCUCGUUCAAUGAAAAAAAAAAAACUUUUUGUAGCAGUUUCAAGCUGUAAUCUGCCUUUGUUCCAUUCAUGUAUUACUUUAUGAAUGUUAACUGCUGUACUCAAAGUAUAGUAUCUCUGAGUUAGAUUUUAUUCAAACAGUUAUGAAUGUUUACACGUAAUAAAUACCACAGCAUCUAA